ACUUGUCCGCGAGGGAGCUGAUCAUCAGCAGCGCCAUCACCUCUCGUGCACCUGCACGCGCGCGCAGCCUCCUGCCUUCAUCUGGUCCGGGUCUGCUUCGGCGACCGUAAAUAAACCGGGCAAGGGAAAAAAAAAAAAAAAAAAAAAGGUUCGCACAACUAACUGCGAAAGGCUGAGGAGGAGGCGGGACUUCCGCCCCGGGAGCAGCGCAGAAGUAAACCGGUCCGGCUGUUUAUCUCUUUGUGCAGCCGGAGAGGACCGAGGAAAGGCUGGAUUCUGAUAAGGUUGUGUCAUUACAAGCCACACUAUGCUGAGCUACUUGACAUCAGGAGGCUGCAAACUUCCUUUCUACCUCUUCGCCGUGGUUCUCCCCUUGGUUUCUCCUCUAACCCUGAACCGCCAUCAACAUCAGGAGCACGGCGACAAGGAACGACCCAAACUACUCCUCGUGUCCUUCGAUGGCUUCCGCUGGGAUUACAUCUACCGCGUCCCGACUCCCAACUUCCGCAGCAUCAUGGACGAGGGCGUGAAGGUCGAGUUUGUGGAGAACAUUUACAUCACCAAAACCUACCCGAACCACUACAGCAUGGUGACGGGGUUGUACGCUGAGACGCACGGCGUCGUGGCCAACGAGAUGUACGACCAGGCUCUGAACCUGUCCUUCUCCAUGGAGACGGACAGCGUUUAUGACUCAAGGUGGUGGGAGCAGGCCGUGCCUCUCUGGGUGACGGUUCAGAAGGACGGAGGGCGGAGCGGAGCGGCCAUGUGGCCCGGAUCUGACGUACUGAUUCACGGUGUGUUCCCCACUCGGUACCUCCCGUACAACGCCUCAGUUUCCUUUGAAGCUAGGGUGCGGCGGAUUAUCGAGUGGUUCUCCGCGCCUGAGGGGGAAGCCGUGGAUUUUGGAAUUCUGUACUGGGAGGAGCCGGACGAGAGUGGCCACAACCUGGGACCUGAGAGCCCGCUCAUGGACUCAAUCAUUGCCGGGAUCGAUGAGAAGCUCGGAUUCCUCCUGGAUGAGCUGAAGAAGGCCGGGCUGUAUGAGAAAGUGAACCUUGUUGUGACCAGUGACCACGGGAUGACCCAGCUUUCCCCCGAGAAAAUCAUAGAACUGGACCAGUAUGUGGACAGAGAUUUGUACACCUGGGUGGAUAAGAGUCCAGUGGUGGGAAUCCUCCCCAAAGAAGGGAAGCUUGACGAGGUGUACGCAAUGCUGGCGGACGCCAACCCCAACAUGGUGGCGUAUAGGAAGGACGACAUUCCCGAACACUUCCAUUAUCAGCACAAUGUCCGGAUCAUGCCCAUCCUCCUGGAGGCCAAGGAGGGCUGGACCAUCAUGCAGAACAGGACCGGGCUCUUCAUGCUGGGAAACCAUGGCUACAACAACACCUUACGCGACAUGCAGCCGGUGUUUGUGGCCCGGGGUCCGGCCUUUCGCCAGAACUAUAUCAAGGCCUCCAUGCGAUCUGUUGACCUUUACCCUCUCAUGUGCCACAUCCUGGCCAUCCGGCCUCUGCCAAACAACGGCUCGCUCCUAAACGUCAGGGACCUGCUGUCUUCGGAGCCGACUACGUCAGCGCCCGCUUCGGCCCACUCCACCCCUCCUCCUAAGGCCAGCAGGUACUCGUACGCCCCGGUUGUGGGUUCAUUCAUCGGCGUGGUGAUGGUCCUCGGAUUCCUAGUGGUCUACGUCAUAUUGGUGACGCUAAAACAGCGGCCUGUGCUCAAACACAGAAGUUGGGAGAUGUCGCAGCCCUUAUUGCAAGAGGACUUGCACCUGUAGCUGAGGAAGUUUGAAAGGAUUGGAGAUGGAAAAGAAGAGGGGCGGUCGCUCCCCGAGGUUCCCUGCUCGGCCCAGAAGCGUUCUCUAAAUCAGUGUUUCCCAACCCUGGUCCUCAAGACACACUGCCCUGCAUGUUUUAGGUAUUUCCUUGCUUCAGUCCAG